AUGUCAAAAUCAAAAUACAGUUUCUUGGCUACUGUGUUACCUGAAGAAGAACAAUCAGACACUUACAUUAUUCCUCCAACAGGCUGUUUGAGCGGUCAUAGUACCACAGAGCGUUAUCAAAAUGAAGAAAAUGUGCUGCAUGAUAGAAACAUCAGAAAUGUAGAGAAUGCCUGGUUUGAGGAUUCUUAUGAAAGGAAUUUACAACUCAAAUGGUACCAAAGACCCUCGAAAAGGGUUCUUUACUUGAUUCUGACUUUGCACACACUAACUUUUACUAUGUUAAUGGGUCCACUAGUUAUUUUAAUGCUACAAAAUAUAUGCACAUUGGAAACAGUGCCUAUGGUACACCACCAUGGAGGUGGCGGUAUGAGCAUGGGCGGUAAAAUGAAACGUAUGGUUAUGGGAGAUAACGGGAUGGGUUCUGUCAGUGGCUGUAAGAACAAAAACUCUCAAAGUGAUCUUUCGGAUGUUCAAUCAAUAUUAUCUUUCAUAUCAGGUAUUUUAGGAUUCUUUUUGUCCGGAAAAUACGGUCAAUUAAGUGAUAGAUUUGGAAGGGUGUUCAUCUUUAAGAUAUUUAGUAUGAUUAACUUAGCACAUUCAAUAUGCUUGAUAAUUUAUUUUCAGUUCUUCAAAACAUACCACAAAUUUUGGAUGGUUAUUCUUUUAUCUGUUGGUUAUUUCUCUGGGGGAAUCAUGACUCUGAUAUCUAAUGGAAACAGCUAUCUUAACGACAUAGUUAAAUCAGAAGAUAGGACAAUCUCAAUUAGUGUUUUGAUGAGUAUGAUUUACUCUGCGCUAGGCAUUGGGCCACUUUUGGGAUCAUUCAUAGUCAAGAGAUCGAAUAAUGAUAAUAUGAUUCCAUUAUUUGUGUCAGUUGCAUUGGCUACUUUAAGCAGCAUAUUGACUUUUUCUAUUUUAAAGGAAAGUAAACACGCUGAUGCUAUAAACUUGGCACGCCAGAUGUAUAACAAUAAAACUACGAAAAAGUACCACACUAACCCAAUAGCAAACGUUCUACUGAGUUCGUUAGAGGUUUUUUGGAGUUUUUUAAGACCAAUAAAAAGAUUAUGGCUAGCCAGAGAACCAAGCGGCUCCAUUUUACCAAGAGUUAGUGUUCUGACUCUUAUUUUGAUUGAUAAUUUCAAUAUGGCAGUUACAGUUGGUAUGAUGAAUCCGUUGAUUUUAUUUUCCAUCUGGAAAUACAAGUGGACAAGCGUGGAAAUUGGUUACUAUAUGAGUAUCGGCGGUUUUGGAAAAACUUUCGUUCUUCUUGCAUUUGCCCCUGUCUUUUUCAGAUUUUUACAGACGGGACUUGGACUAAGGAUUGAUUCACGCUGUGUCGACAAGAUAGACAAAAUUUCUCUUUUUUCAUCGUUAUUCUUCGUCUUUUUAUCCCUCCUCAUACUUGUUUGUGUGAAUAGCUCUACUGGUGUUUAUAUCAGUGGUGUGUUACAAAGUUUAAGUGGAAUGAUAUCACCGGUUACGCAAAGUGCGAUUGCAAAAUAUAGUUCUAAAACUGACGCUGGCGAAAUGUUCGGCGCCAUAGCAUUAAUAAGACAUUUAGGGAUGCUUUUAUUCCCUAUAUUGUUCCUACAAAUUUACUCACACACAAUCGAGUUUAGUGCCAAGUUUUUUUUAUAUCUUCCAUUAUUCGUUUCAGUGGCAACAUUUUUAUCAAGUGUCCUCGGGUUGCGAUCGUACACACAACUUGAAGAAUUAGAGGUGCCAGAAGAUGGGCAACAACAGAACUCAAACAAAAGUUCAGAAUUACUGUAA